AUGUUCAACACAAGAUUUCAUAUUGUCAUCAUCACUCUAACCAUUAUAUUUCUAAGCGCCACAGGCCGUUUGAUACCACCCGAUAGCGUUCCAAGCACGUCUAUGAAGCCUUUAUCAGUCGAUGAAACAGUCAAAUUGAAUCCCAGGAAUCAGAUUUUCCGUGGGACGGAAGUGAAGAGUUGUAUGCCUAAGGGGUUCAGACCUAGAUCAGCUCCGAGCCGGUUUGUAAAUUAUCAGCCUCUUGUUUCCGCUAAGUGUUCAUCAUCCACCUUCCGAUCCAAGAUAACGCCUUGA